CGCUUAAAAAGCACAGAAAACCUGUAUAUUUUAAUUAAAUGAAUAAUACAAAUGUAGCAAAUGGGGCUUUACAAAAGUGCACAAGUUCCUUAUGUGCCUUUUUUAGGCAAUAGUCUGCUGCAUCCUGUGCUGGUCAUAGAAGUGGAAGUUACGUGGUUUCAGACUGAGCACUUGCUGUCCUGAGGAAGGAACACUCAUUUGACUAGAUGCUAUCACCUUUCAAGAUGUGCUCCACAUCACUUCAUCUCCUCAUUGGUGCCUUGCUUGUCCUUGCUGUUAAAAAUGAGUUAACAACAAUGACAUACAGCGAAGAAACCACCACUGCUGUAGUUUCAAUGUCUAAUGACCACACCACCAUAUUAAAUCAAACAUCAGCAGACUUUCCGGACAACCUCCCCACUUCAUUCCCUCCAAACUCCACUGACACCCUGAUAAGCACUACGGAUGAGAAUAUGUCAGAUUCGCCUACUUCAGAUUAUCCACAGACCAACAAUGACACCACAGACGAUUCUCAGGAGAAUGUUCCAAAAUCCAGCACAAGUAAGAUUAAAAGCACAGCCAGCAAAAUAACCAAUCAUCCACAGACCAACAAUGUCACCACAGAUGAUCCUGGGAAGAAUGUUCCAAAAUCCAGCGCAAGUACGAUUAAAAGCACAGCCAGCAAAAUAACCACACCUCAUAUACACACACAAACAAAGGGAAAAAGCAACGGAAUAACUUACAUAAUUAUCCUGAUUAUUGUUGUCGUGUGCAUAAGUGGGGUAGUAGUUUAUUGUUGCCUUCAAAAGAAGUCCAGGAGGUACUCCGUGGACUUGCAUCCCAAACAGGAAGAUGCUCAUAUCCCACUCAGCACAGUGGAUGCAGAGGUGUUUGACACCACAUCAGAAAAAGAUAUACAAACGUUUACUCCUGCCGAGUCCACCGAGCCGUUAAAGGACCCUGGCCCUGCGAAGGAAACUGAAAAGCCAGAGGGAGGGAAAGAAUCGGUUGAUGUUAAACAAGAAAACCAACAGAAUUUGUCCAGCACUCAGGCCACAGUGAUCCCAAAGGACAAAACAGCAGAGCUGACUGUAGUGGAUAUGACUGAUGGAGAACCGACGAUCUCCACCAAGACCUCAAUGGAAUCCUUAGAUGAUGCUCUCAAUGAUAACAACAGCAACAAUACAAGAACUGAAGUCAAUGGCAAAUUGCAUAAAUUCACUGAAAUCUCUCUUGAUGGUCGACUUUAAAAUAAAUCAGCACCUUCACAAUAUUUUACAAAGUUUUCCAGUAGACCACACAAAUACAUACAGUGCUGUGUUCUACUAGAGAUGUAAAAUACAUGUUUCUGGAAUAUAAACACACUAGAUUUGUUAUAGCAAGUUUCUAAAUUUAGAAAAAAAAACAAAAAAAACAGCAUAUAGAGAUGAUUAUUGUACCUAAAAAGUGCUAUAGGGCACAGAUCACACAUUCAUAUCAUGAUUCACAUUGGACAUUCCAAUCAAGUUGCUUCUUCUACUCAUACAUAUAUGUGGUAUAGAGCAUUCCAUCUCUCAUCACAUCAUAUCCACUGAGCUCAACCAAAGACGCCGCUCCAGGACUCAUGUCAUCAGACACUUGUGAGAGAUACCACAGUUUUAAUUCCCUCUGUCAGGGUGUUUUGUCGCACACCUGUGCCCCAGCAGCAUUAUUUCUGUUUGCAGCUUACAGUGAAAUUUGUUUCUCUGUUAACAGCUGAUGAGAGACCCUCAUCAGCAUUUCAGUACAAGAUGCCCCACGGUAUGGACAAUGGAAUGCUGAUGGUGCUUUUAUUACUGCAGUCAUUCCACAAUUUACACGCCCUUUCAUAAAUGUAACAUUCUUACAAAAAAGUCAUAUACUAAACACUGAAAAAUUUCAGCUUCAAUUUUUAGUGGUCUCAAAGUCUGAGACCACUAGUGAAAAUGCUUUUUUUUUUUUUUUUUUUUCAUUUUGUUACUGUCAAAAAAACUCUCACUGCUCCUGACAGAAUAACUUAAGUAACUUUAAUUUUAAGGAUUAAUCUAUAUUUAAUUUAUACAAUGAAACAUUUGAAGUAUUUAAUUUCGGUAGUACUGCUGUCCCUGAACACUGUUAAGCCCUGGAUACAGUGCACGAUUUUAGCAAUCCUAUAAGAUCAUUACUUUAUCACACUGUGCGACAUGGAUCUAUUAAACUUGGGUACGACAUGCAUGUAGACUGUACUAUUAUGACACCUAUUGACUCGUAGGUUAUGAUGCAAGUUUCUAUAGAAGAAUAAAAUGUCAUCAGCAUGCGCUAGUGGUAAACAAAAAGACCAUGUUGAAUCACACUUUGGCAGUUGUAGUUUUUAUGUGUGCUAAAAAAAAAAAGGAAGCGGCGAAAGAAGAAUGUAAAAGAGCUUGAGGUAAGCGGUUUUAAGUUUUAGCGCCAUGUUGCGUUGAUUUCAUGUCGCAUUUUUAUUGGCUGGUCAGUAGAUGUAGGUCGUAGCAGCAAACACACUAUGCAGAUCAUCAUACUGAAUUUCUGACACUGUCAGAAAAUGAUCAUAGGUCUUUGGUCGCAAGACUGGGAAAGCGGCCGUAUUCUCAAUGUACAACAUAGGACCACCGAUAAAGAGCCACGAUCACAGAAAUCGCCACGAUUGUUUCAUGAUGGCAAUAUUUCGUCUGGGACAGCCAAAAAUCGUGCAGUGUAUCCAGGGCUUUAGACCUGAAAACCUUGAAACACUCUUUAUUUCAUUUGUAUUCUUUAUUCUAUUGUAUUUUUUUUUUUUUUUUUUUGUGCUUCUGCAAGUAAUUUGUUUAUUUGUUCUUGUUUACUUGAUUUUUUUUUUUUUUUAGUUUUUUUUAGUUUUAGUUUUAGUUUUAAGUUUUUUUUAGUUCCUUGGCUUGUGUGUCAACAAAUGUAAGAAUUGUAACCCCAUUGUAAAAACACAAAUACAUUGAGUGAGCAAAUAAUAUAUAUAUAUAUAUUAAGGGUGGGACGGUUCACUGUAAAAAAUCGAACCGUGCAGUUCUCCACCCACGGUUCGGCACGCGCUUGCACCGCGGUUCAUCCCAAAUCUGACGACGCAUCUAUAAUAUGGUUUGUUGAAAACAACGUGCAAAACAGACAGACAGAUUCGGCUAAUGUAUGUUUCAGUCGAUGGAUAUGCAUUCUACUUUCCAAUACGUUACAACAGCGAUGAUCAAAAGAACAUGGACAAAACAGUCACUCGUUGUAAACAAAUGUUCAAUGACGUGCCGAAAGCUCUAUGACCAGCUCGUCAUCACCCGGGUGUUGAUAGCGCGCGACGCGAGCGCAGGUGAGACCUGAACAUAUCACGUUGCUAUCUGUGUUUAAACUAAACUCAUUUAAACCUUGCCAAUUUAAACAUUCAUUCGUAAGACGCGAAAGAGAACUUGCGCACGCUGUGAGGAGAUUUGUGUGUACUCAUCUGAAGCGCGUACAUGGAGAGACGCGUCACAGCGCGCAAAUACUCUCGCGCAAAUUCUCUUUCAAGUCUUGCACCUGAAUGGACAAAUUCACACAAAAAAAAUGAUGUCAACAUGCUCAUCUUAGCGAGUAUCCUAACAAACAUAGUAGGUUAUGAAAAACGAGACAGACAACGCAUCAGUAUCAGCAUAUUGGAUCUUUGAAUUAUGUCUUAAAGGGACAGCAGUCUAAUAUUCCUGCUCUCUGUGUUUUAAUGUUAAUCGAAUGACAAAGCACGAAGAAAUCACUCUUGACUUAAUAGCUUUUGUAACUUCAGUAAUGUUUCAUCUUUAUUUAACUAUUCGAAGUGUUAUUUUAUAUUUGAUUACUUUAUUCAAUUUCUGUACCUGAAAGCUGUUAGAUACCUGAAAAACCUGUAAAAAAUUGUUUAUUUAAUUUGUAUCUUAGCUCUCAUGUAUUUAUUUGUGCUGUUUCUUGUAGGUAGAUUAUUUGUUAUUUAUUUUCUUUAUCUUUAUUUGACAAUUGUCCUAUUUUUUACUGAGCAUAGCACAUACCGAACUGUACCGAAACCGUGACACUAAAACCGUGAAACAAACCAAACCGUGAGAAAUCUGAACCGUCCCACCCCUAAAUAUAUAUAUAUAUAUAUAUACACACAGUGGCAAGAAAAAGUAUGUGAACCACUUGCAGAAUCUGUGAAAAUGUUAAUAAUUUUAACAAAAUAAGGGAGAUAAUACAAAAUGCAUGUUAUUUUUUAUUUAGUACUGUCCUGAGUAAGAUAUUUUACAUAAAAGAUGUUUACAUAUAAUCCAUAAGACAAAAAAAUAGCUGAAUUUAUUAAAAUAACCCCAUUCAUAAGUAUGUGAACCACUGAUUCUUAAUACUGUGUGUGGUUACCUGGAUGAUCUACGACUGUUUUUUUGUUUUGUGAUGGUUGUUCAUGAGUCUCUUGUUUGCUCUAAACAGUUAAACUGAGCUCUGUUCUUCAGAAAAAAAUCUCCAGGUCCUGCAGAUUCUUCAGUUUUCCAGCAUUUUUUGCAUAUUUGAACCCUUUCCAGCAGUGACUAAAUGAUUUUAAGAUCCGUCUUUUCACACUGAGGACAACUGAGGGAUUCAAACACAACUUUUAAAAAAGGUUCAAACAUUCACUGAUGCUCCAGGAAAAAACAUGAUGCAUUAGUAGACGGGGGGUGAAAACAUUUGGAAUUUGAAGAUCAAGGUAAAUUGUAUUUAAUUUGUCUUCCGGGAAACAUGCAAUUAUUUUCUGUUGCUUCCAAGGGCAGUACUAAAUGAAAAAAAAUGAUAUUCAAGCUAAAUAAGACAAAUUUGGACCUCUUCAUCCUGUUCAAAAGUUUUCACUCCCCGACUCUUAAUGCAUUGUGUUUCCUUCUGAAGCAUCAGUGAAUGUUUGAACCUUUUUUAAUAGUUGUGUUUGAGUCCCUCAGUUGUCCUCCAUGUGAAAAGAUGGAUCUCAAAAUCAUUCAGUCACUGCUGUAAAGGGUUCAAAUAUGCAAAAGAUGGUGGAAAACUGAAGAAUUUUUGGGACCUGGAGAUUUUUUCUGAAGAACAGAGCUCAGUUUAACUGCUCAGGACAAACAAGGGACUCAUGAACAGCCAUCACACAACAAACAAACAGUCGUAGAUCAUCCAGAUAACCACACACAGUAUUAAGAAUCAAUGGUUCACAAACUUUUGAACUGGGUCAUUUUAAUAAAUUCAGCUAUUUUUUUGUCUUAUGGAUUAUAUGUAAGCAUCUUUUAUGUAAAAUAUCUUACUCAGGACAGUACUAAAUAAAAAAUAACGUGCAUUUUGUAUGAUCUCUCUUAUUUUGUUAAAAUUUUGCACAUUUUCACAGAUUCUGCAAGUGGUUCACAUACUUUUUCUUGCCACUGUAUACACUCCCCAUAAGAGUCACCUAAGGGGGAAUUCCCCCUAUUUUCAAAAAUGUAAUUUAAGCUCUGAUUAUAACGUACACUGCUGUUCAAAAGUAGUACGUUUUUAAAUGUUUUUUUAAAAAAAGUCUCUUACUUACCAAGGCUGUGUUUAUUUGAUCAAAAAUACAGUAAAAACAGUAAUAUUAAAAUAACAUUAUUAUUUAAACCAAUAAUAAUGCUUAAUAUUUUGUGGAGACUGUGAGUUUUUUCAGGAUUCUUUGAUAAAUAGAAAGUUCAAAAGAACAGAAUUUAUAUGAAAUAGAAAACUUUUGUAACUUAAUGCAUCCUUACUGAAUAAACGUAUUAAUUAAAAAAAAAAAAAAAUUGCUUGACCCAAAAAAUUUGAGCAGUAAUGUACACACACACACACACACACACUCAGAAAUACAAAGUUAAAAAUUAUUAGACAUAUUUGAACAUACAAAGCUAUACACAAAUGAACUAUAACUAGCAGAAAAUAAGGACAAGUCCACUCAUUCAAAAAACAGCAACAGUAAAAUAAUCAAAGGGAGGAAACAGAGAGAAAACCUCUCAUUCAUUCCAGCUGGUUUGGAACUGAUGGGCAGGUUGGAGACAUGAACUUGAAAGAGGUCAUGUUCUCCCACCCCCAUAGAUAACAGCUAAUGACCAUGACUGCUCAUAAAGCAGUAUAAUUAGCCAGAGCCCCAGGGAAUAUUAUAUAGGGUAUUAUUUUCUAGUAAGAGGGUAUGCUUUCAUGUCCUCUCCGGUCAUUGUUGGAGGCUCCGUUUCCAGGUUGUGGGAGCUGAUAGGGCUCUCGUAAAUGCUUCAGCUGUACCUGUGCACAUUCCCCCCCUCCCCCCUCCUUUAUGGUGCUUUGUCUACUAAACAGAGAGAAACAAACACUUCAUGCACUACUUUCAAUUUUAAUUGCUAAGGCAGCAAAUGUUUAGUAACAGUCCAUGACAUUGAUGAAUUCUGGAUUAAAACAACAAAGAAUAAGAUCUGAAAACUCAAAAACCUUGAAUCUUAAAACUGUUUUAGGAGUGGUCUGUCCAAUACUGUCUAAUGACAAAGAAACCAAGUCAAUGCUAGAUUUACAAUAACAAUCUGGCACUCGCCCGGGCCUGAACAGUAUUAGACACUGUGCUUUGGUGUGAAACUAAUGUGUGUUUGCGCAUGUACGCAUGCAGUUAUUGACUACCAGCAUUUUGAUGUGGUUAUCGCAUCACCUGGCCAGGUGUAACUUGGGAUGGGUGGGAGUGAGAGAAACUCAGAGCUGUACCAGGUGGUACCUUCUGGUUUGAGUUAAACCCUGCAAUCUUUUCCUAGUAGUAAAGUUGUGCACAAUUGUACAACUUUUACUCAGCAAUUGCAACAUGAACGGAAAAAUGUUGUUUCACCAUAUCUGAAGUGUUGGUGAUGUAAUUGUGUUAAAAAGGCAUUCUAGGUCAUUAGUGAAAUUUGUUUUUUUAUGUUUCCAUGGUUACACUGACACGUUAUGGUUUAGAUUAACCACAUCUGACUCAUUAGGAUGUCAGUGUUUGUAUGUACACAAACACAGAUGACUAUAUUUGGACAGUCUUAAAAGGCAAUGUUGCAAAGUGGACAUGAAUGUGGCAACUCCCAAGUGUUCUGAUAGACUUCCUCUUUGCACUGUAGACCAAGUCAAGAAAAGUCAAGAACCCAAAAAUGAAAAUUCUGUAAUCAUUUACUCACCCUUGUGUCGUCUCUCUUUUUUUGUCGAACACCAAAGAAGAUAUUUGAAUUUUUCUGCAGGUUUUUUUUUUUUUUUUUUGUUACAAUGUUACAUACAAUGAAAGUCAAUGGGGUAGAAAGUAACCCAAACAACGCUAAUGGUUUAAUCCACGUAUGAAUAGCUCUAAAUUUAAACGGUUAUUCACUGUCAAAUAAAACCAAGUAUACAAAAGUCCAAAUCAAAUAUGGUGACCUGCCAUCAACAACAUCAAACCCUAUUGGUGGACAUGCAAGAACCAAUGCAGUUUGAUGUUACUUUUCAAAGAUCAUCUCUUGUGUUCUUCAGAAGAAAUGAAACACAUGAUUUUGGAACAACAUGAGGGUGAGUAAAUGAUAACAGAAUUUUCAUUUUUGGAUGAAUGAUUAUUUUAAAGGUGUGCAAAACCUUUUUUCUGUAGAUGCCUAUAAGGCAAUGACAGGUGAAAUAACCAUUAAAGAGUUGAACAUUCAAGGCCAUUAAGUAAUAAGAUUCGAGAAGAUAAGACUGAAGAAUUUGGGUUAAGAUUAUUGGGAGUGUGUGUUCAUAUAUUUAGCUACUUCAUCCCCUCUCAUAUUUCUAAAGCUUCUCCAUUUCACCCUCUGUGAGAAGUCAUGAAUAGAUUUUUUUAUGUUGAGACCACACCCAUGUAGGUCUAUCCCACCACACUGACCCAGCAACCCUACGUUUGAUUCACGUGGGGAACAUCCAUCAAUGUCCCUGUUGAUCUUCCUGUAAAUCCUCGCACCUUCCUUGAUUGCAGCUAUUUUUGUAGAACGGGAUAAAAGAAAUGCAACAGGCCCCCGAGCCAAGCCAAUGACUUCUAUUCUUCUACAGUUGGGAGGCAGAAAACUUGAAGCUCAUUCUCGUCCACCUGUUCAAAGACUAUGCAACCUUCCUUUUUUUUUUUUUAUACCAAGUAUAAUAAUAAUUCAUGUCGUUAUUUUUUACUUAAUAAUUUAUUAAAUGGUUAUGUCAAAAGCUAACAAAAUUUGUAAACUUAAAAAAGCAGAAUGUUUUCAGUUACUGGAUGCCUCCUGCAUUGUUGUCAUACAGUGACUGUCAGACUCAAAGUUCAUCUAUAUUUUGUCCUUCUUCAGCUGUCCUUUCGCUUGAGCUUUUUUUAUACAUCCUGUGCAACUCAUCAUACAUUUAAUGAUGGCCACUUUCAGUGAGGAUAAAUUUGCUUGGGUGACUUUACAAGCAGUGAAGUAAUUUAAGUGGGGUGAUAAUUAGUUCAUGGCAAACAUACACGAUAUCUCAAACUUCCUGUGAGUUUCUUGGAACUUUUGUCCAUUACUUUAUCGGUUUUCUUUUAUUCUUGGAGUUUAUUUGAUUUAUUUAUAUAGUAGUAGUUUUGUCGAUAUACAACUAGUUCUGUGACAACUAGAACAAUCUGAAUCUAGCAGGCAACUAACUUAUACUGCUAUUUGUUUUUGGUUUUUCUAGCGUGUAUUUACAAAGCAAAGUCAAUUUUCUUUCUGGGAAGUCUAGACUCUCUUAUUGUGUGUUCACAUUGGCGAAGACACUGUUUGGUUAAGAUUUACAAGGUAGAAAAAAAUCUUUCUAACACAAACAAGGAUGAAAUUCUUUAACACACUAUACGCAAUUAAACACCAGCCAGCUGUUCUGAACAACCGACACAAGUUUGACCACCACUGAUGUCUGGUCAUGUGUGUCUAGACAAACAGAAGUGCCCAGAAGGGAACAUUUUACUGCAUCUGAGUUCCAUAAGUGGAAUCUCAAAAUUCCUAAAGUAAAAUGAUCAGUGUGAUUGUUGUUACUUUUGUACUGGUUUUUCAAAGCAAAAUAGGAUUUGAUCAACCUGAUCCAGAUACACACUUUUUCAGAUUAUCAAAUCUGGAAUACCAGUUCUUCAAAUUGGGUUACAUUUCACAUGUAGGCUGCUAGCUAUGUAAAGAACAACUGGUAGAAGAGUCAAUGAGGGGUCACUUUAAGUGUUUUAUUUGAGGAGGAAAAAAUAAAAACAGCAUGAGCAAACAAACAUCCACUUCCAUUUUCUAUUUCCUUUAAAUAAUCAGACCCCUACAGAUGCAUAAAAAAAUAUGAAAUGGGAGAAUUAAAAUUAUAUAUUAUCAACAUUAUAUGAUUAUAUAUGAAUGUGUCAUAUAAUCAUAUAAUGUUUUGCAAUCCCCCAAAAACUUUGCGUUCAUUCGCAAAGAACAAGUUUUGAGAGUAAAUGCUAAAUUUCUUGGGGGAAAGCAAAACAUUUGCGCGAGAAUGCAAAAGCAUUAAAAGUUAUUUUUCCUCCCAUCACCUUUUAGAGCAGGGGUGUCCAAACCUGUUCCUGGAGAGCCACUGUCCAGCAGAGAUUAGCUCUGCCUUGUAAGACCAUAAUUAGCUGGUUAAACUAAUCAAGAGCAAAAUAAAAAUAUAUUAGUGUAUAUAUUACAUGAUACAAAUGUUGGAUUUUUGACCAGUUUUAAAGUUUUAUUACAUUUUUGUUUCUAAAAUCCACCCUUCUGAUGGGAUCAGGAUAAUAAUGAUUUUUUUGGAUCAAAGCUAUCCCAAUCUUACUAAAAAAGUUUUGAACAACACAAACCGCGUUUACAAGACUUUUUUAUAAAAAUAAAUCAGGUUAUUCCUCGGUUGUAACUUCACAACAUAAUCAUUGUAAUGUUAAAUAAACCAUUAAAAUCCCCAUUGUAUUCCAGAAUGUCAGCUGAAAAUUCAUACUCUCCUCUUAUGUUUGAAUUUUCUGUGAAUUUACCAAAUCUCCUUUCUGGACAAAAUCAAGGUAAUGGGCCAAAAUCUAGCUGUGUCAUUUAUGACCAUUACGCUGACAAAAGAAAAGCGGUUUAACACAUUUACAUGACCGCACCAACAUGUCCUCCAACCAAUACGCCCAUAUAGGUCGUUUGUCACUUCCCUGAAAUGCGACCCAUAGGAGCGUUUACUAAAGUUGCGCCCCUAUCAACAACAGGACACUUUCAUUUUAAUGCAUUGUACCCUUUUAUCUGUGUCACAUUUCGGGUUUCACAUAGCUCAAUUGGUAGAGCAUUACAGUAAUAUACAACAAUAUGCAAUCAUGUGACCAUGCGAUCGUGGGUUUGAUCCCAGGGAACGCAUGUGCUCAUAAAGUGUAUAUGCUCUAUAAAUCUAUAGGGGUAGGUUUACGGUUGGGGUAGGUGUAGUCGUUAAUAAAAAAAAAAAAGAGUUUUGCUAAAUGGAAAUUGGACAAACGGUGUAAAAAGUCCACACAUUGCAUUUAAAUGAACACGCAAUUUGAUUGGUAACGACGGUCAUACGUCAUUUCAUGACGACAGACGUAACACGACACUGUUAUUUUUACGCCAGCUAGAGGGCGCAUGACUUUAAAACGUAAAUAUAGGUCGUAACAAGGUGUUUGAAAAAAGGAGGACAGUCUCGACUGCACACAUUGUCGGCUUAUCAAGCAUAAUCGGCACGUAAAUGUAAAUGCAUGCGAUCAUUUUACCCCCUGAUUGUGAUUCCUGUUUAAAUAAUAGUUCAACCAAAAAGUGAACUUUUGCCAUCAUUUAAUCAUCUGCGGAGCACAAAAGAAAAUAUUUUGAUUUUUUUUUUUUUUUUUUUUUUGCCUUAUUGGUAUUUACAUUAUGCCUUUUUCAAAUGCAGUUUUUGUGGUUUCUUUUUUUAGUGUAAAGUUGCAGCCACAAACUGUAAAAUUUAUAUAUGAAGUAUAUAUUUAAUUGUAUUUUAUUCUAUUGAAAUUUAUAUAGACAAAAUAAGAGUGCCUAUGUUAAAUAUUGUGACUGUUCACACAAGUUCUCUUCCUUUUGCACAAUCUGUGGUCCGUCUUCUUGGUGGGAACUUAAUGAAAGGACAAAGGUCAAGCAAAUCUAAUUAGAGAGCAGCCUGUCAAAGUGCUCAUGGUCAUUUUUCAGAAUCAAACCUCCUGACAUUCCAGUAGUUUCACUGAAGUCUUUAAACAGCAAUGGUCCACAAUUUAGAACCAUACAAAGAAACAAACACACUAGGUAAGGUAGCUAGGUAACACACUAAGGUACAAAUGCUUGUACACAUGCACAUUUAAAAUAUAUUCCAAAAAGCGAUAGGGCUACACAAUGAAUUGGAACUGAAACUGCAGUUACAGUUUAUUUUGAUAGUCCCCAAGUAACACUUCACCUACAUAUCAAUUAACUCUCAAUGGAGUAUUAGUUGAGUAUUAGUAGACUGUCAGGGUUAGGGUUAGUAGAAUAAGUUGACACGUACUUGCAAAGUUACUUAUAGUCAGUAGAAUGUCUGAUGUGGGAGCAUCAAAAUAAAGUGUUAGUAGAUAUUAAGAAGACAGCCUACUAAUACUCUAAUGACAGUUAGUUGACUUGUAGGUUCAAACUUACUUAUAGUCAACAGAAUGUCUAAAGGGGACCAUCAAAAUAAAGUGUUACAGAAAUUGCUAUAUGGCUUAGUAACAUCAGUUGCAUGAUUCUGUGUUUUAGGUUUCUUUUAAGAUAAUUAAAGUUUUAACCUUUAAGAUCUUCCUCCGGUUUUCUGCCAAAAUAAAAGCUGGAUGGUUUAACGUUUGAAAAUAAAGAAAUUAAGAUGGCCAUAAAUACUAGUAUUGUAAUUUUACAGUUGAACAGUAAAAUAUUUAUUCUCAUUUCUUUUCUUAAAUACUUGUUUUAUUUUACAGUGAAAUAUUAUAAUAGUAUUAGUACACUUUCUUAUUUAUUUAAUAUUUGUAUAUUAAUAAUAACAAUAAUAAUAAAUGAUAUCUUCAAAAUAUAUUGAAAGCCUGAUUAAUUUAAGUAAUAGUUCACUCCAAAAUUUUGAAUAUUUUGAAUCUAAAGAUUAUUUACUUUUAAACCUUUGUUGGUUUGUGACAUACAUACUGUAAAAUAAAAAAAUAAAAAAACAACUCUAUAAAAGCAACUCUUUUAAUGUGUAACAUCCUGUGCUAUUUUUAAAUAAUAAGUACAGCUCGCCAUCCACACACACCGUUUCAAGCACACGUUUGACUGAUGGGGCUCUGAAAAGACAGAAUUCAAAGGAAGGGCAUCCAAUAGCACAUUCUCUCUCUUCCAGUUUUCUAUUCUAGUGAGUGUCCUAGAGCAGCGGCUUCACAGGCCUGGCUGUGAUCAGGCCACUGCUGAAAGACAGAUACCUUCACCUGCCCGUAUCUGCCCUGGGCAUCAUAGCCACAUUCCUGAGUGGAAUUGACAGGACACCUCUCCACUGAGACUCUUUAAACUGCUAGCAGAAGGAAAGAGUUCACAAGGCCGCUUAGGAAUGAUGUAGUAAGAUGGCUGAAAGCACAAUCUUAUGUCAUGUUAGAACCAUUAUUGUCAUUUAUUUAAAUAUCCUGUUAUUCAGUGACCUGCAGAAGCAUCCUUAAUUAUUUAUUUGCUCAGCUGUCAUUAUCAAUUGAAAAUAGUAAGGCUCAAGGUUAAAAAAAAAAAAAGGUAAUUGUGAAUGGUUAAAAUAAGAAAGACACUUUGCCAGAUACAAAGUCGCAAUUACAUUAAAGUUGCAAAUGAGAAACAAAGUGUCAAAUACAAGAGACAAAGUCGAAAUUGUGAGGUAUAAAGUCACAUUGUGAGAUAAAGUUCCAAUUUAUGGUUAUUCAUGUCAAAAUAUUCAUUUGUGACUGGAGAAAAAGCUUUUGAUUGAUGCUCACUAUCGGUUGAUCGUGUUGGCCUGUCAGAAGACAUUCUUUUUACGGAUAAAACUGAAUAAUGAAUCUCUGAGCAGUAGGUGUUGUGUAAAAGGUGAAACUAUAUUCAAAAACCCAUCCCUUCAGGAUGUGUCCUUUUGGAUUUUGUGACACACAAAUCAUGAUUUCCACACCUGGAACCAGACAAGAAGCUGUAAGAAAUGCACUUGAAGUGUCACCUCAGCCUCGGGUCUGGAGGCAGAUAUGAGAACUGAAUGAUUUACUUUUGGAACAACAGUCUUUUAAAAGGAUUCCAAAAGUAAAAAGCCAAGAUAAUUUGACUUUGUGACCUUAAAACUAUACAGGCACAUCCCAAUACAUUAAUUUUAAGACAUUACAACAACUGCUUUACACACUACCUGUUACAAUUUAAGGUUUAGUUGAGUAUCUUAGGUUUAAAUCUAGGGUGGAAAGGGCACCGGAAUGGAAAUUUAAACUGGCUUUACAAACCUGCCCUAACAGCUCUGAUAUAAUUAGAGGUUCCACUUCAGUUUAAAAGAAAGAUUGGAGCUCUUAGAUUAGUCCCCUUGUUUCGUCUUGAUAGAUCCUUAAAGGAAUGUCCAGUCUUCCAGCUACCUGCUUUCCUUUCUCUAUUUAAGGGGGGUUGGGAGAUUGUUAUCUCAGGCUCAGUUUACUAUGCCAGCUCAGCCUAACGAGUCUGUUCGAAUGUGUAUGGUCCACUUGUGCCUUUGUGUAAGCCUGUAAAAGUAUUUGUGUUAAAUUGGAUAACAAGCACCUUUUCUAUUGAUAAUUGAGUGGUUAUUCGACAUUUUCAAUACAGAUGUCAUCACACGCCAUUUUGUGAACAAGCCUACAGGUUAAAGAAAUCAUGAAGCUUAUGAGUUUUCAAUGAAUGUGAGCAUGUUCAUAAAUGCCUUACAAAUUUGUUCUUAAAUAUUAUAAAAUUAAAUAUUUAAACUCUCUGCAUUUAUACCAAACUGACAAACCAUGGAUGGUGUAUAUCAACACAUAACACCUUCAGGCUUUUUUUUUUUUUUUUUGCAAAUAAAAUCAAUAAAUUUUAGGUGCUUUUUUCCAUUAACAGAUGUUUUGAUAACGCUUUAUGUUAAAGUGUUUAUUAAUCUUUGUUAGCUCACAGUGCAUUAACUAAUGCUAACAAAUACAUUUGAUUUUAAUAAUGUAUUAGUAAAUGUUGAAAUUAACUAAGAUUAAUAAAUGUAGUAUAAGUAUUGUUCAUUCUUAGUACAUGGUAACUAAAGUCGUUAACUAAUGUUAUCUAAUGAAACCUUAUUGUCAAGUGUUACCAAUGUUUUAGUGUGAGGUAAACGGUCAUUUCAAAGGCUAAAUACAUGUAGGAGGUUAUGAGCUGGCUUUACAACUCAUUUGGGGAAAAAGCAAAGUGGGUUUGAUCAUUUUGGAACCUAUUUUCUUUUAUCAGUACGAUAGCUGUCUCAUUGUUUUGGUUAAAUACAAUGAAUGAUUUACAUCUACAAAUUGAAUAAAUGUGAAUAAAUUAAUAUGUUUAAAAAUAAUAUCAACUCUGUUUUACAGAUAUCUGAACCUGACUGAUGGAUUUUUGAACCGGUAAAUAAAAGCUGCAUUGCAACAUGGAGAAAAAAAACUCAA